AUGCCAGAGCUGCAGAAUGUCUUGGUCUUUGUGCCAGCCAGCAUCGACGAGGAUGGUGCCAUGAAGAUCCUGCAACCCUUCCAGUCACACUUCGGCCAACUGGAGGCUCCGCUCGGGUCGGCGGGAACGCCCACCGCGCUGCCGUUGCCGCCGCCGCGCGCGCCGCCGGCGCCGCCACUGGCGGUGCCACCCCCACUGCCGCCACCUGUCGGUGGUGGUGGAGCAGGAGCUUGGUUGGCGCCACCAGCGUUGCCGCCACCACCACCGCAGAAUACUUUGAGGCCACAGACCUUGCAGACUGAGGAAUUGGCAGAUGCACUUCUUGCGCGUCUCAGAAGUGCUGUGCAACGGCAUGGGGUGGCUCCGAUGCACUUGUUCCGCGUCUUGGACGUCAAGGGUCGUGGCUUCUUGUGGCCCAAAGACUUGGCUCGCUUGGCCUGGGCGAUGGAGCCGAACCUGGGCUUCCAGGAGUUAUCGGCCUUCUGGCGGCUGCUGGGCGGUGAGGGUGACCGUUUGCGCCCGCGCCCCUUCUGCCGCGCCCUACAGGUCGCGGUGAGCCCCACGAGUCCGACGUCGAAGCCGUCCAAGCCGACCUGGCGCCAAAUCGGGCGAAGCUACGCGGCACAGCCCUCGCGAGCGCUGAGCUUUGCCCCCACGGCGGUCUCUGCGCAACAGGCGCUGGAGGCCUUUGUACAGAAGUGGAAGCCCAAGUCGAAGCUCGCGGCGAAAGCCGGUGCACCUCCCGGUGCACCACCGAGUGCGCCGCCCGCACCCGGCGCGCCGCCCAUGGCCGCUUCGGCGGCUCCGGGAGUUAAGGCCACGCCUAAGGCGUCGCUGAAAGGAUCUGCCAGCUACAGCAGCGAAGACUUUGAAGAGGAUCGCUACAGUGAAGGCACACGUUACACAGACAGUUCGAGUGGCAAAGGCUCCAAGUGACUGCUGCAGGUGA